AUGGCUAAGUCAAAGAACUCCUCGCAGCACAACCAGUGGCGCAAGGCCCACCGCAAUGGCAUCAAGAAACCCAAAACCUCGAGAUAUCCUUCGCUGAAUGGCACCGAUCCUAAAUUUCGACGCAAUCACCGACAUGCUCUGCACGGCACUGCAAAGGCCUUGAAGGAGGCAAAGGAUGGCAAGCGAGAGGUUGUGUGA